CGCCUUGCGCGGCCGCUGAGCGGAGUCGGGGCGGCGGCGGGGCCAUCAUGCAGAAGAUCAAGUCGCUGAUGACCCGCCAGGGUCUAAGAAGUCCUCAGGAGAGUGUUAAUGACCUCAGUCCUAUUGAAAACUUACGGAUUCCUACAAAGGAGGAGCUCAGAGAACUACAUGAAGAACCACCUGAUCCUCAGGCACAACAGGAAAUCAUUAACAGCAUUGAAGAAGUUUAUUUUUCCAAUGACUCCUUUGAUAUUGUGAAGUAUGAGUUAGAGAGGCUUCCUCCAGUACUUAGUCUUCAAGAACUGGAAGAGUACAGAGACAAACUAAAACAACAGCAAGCUGCUGUAUCUAAGAAAGUUGCAGAUUUAAUCCUUGAAAAACAGCCUGCAUAUGUUGAGGAGCUUGAACGUGUUACAUCAUUGCAGAGUGGCCUUCAGAUGGCAGCGGUUAUUUGCACAAAUGGAAGAAGACACCUGAAUAUAGCAAAGGAAGGGUUCACACAAACUAGUUUGGGGCUCCUUGCAAAUCAGAGGAAACGACAGUUGCUUAUUGGACUGCUAAAAUCUCUGAGAACAAUAAAAACACUGCAAAGAACUGAUGUGCGUUUGAGUGAGAUGUUGGAAGAGGAGGAUUAUCCAGGAGCUAUUCAACUAUGCUUGGAAUGCCAGAAAGCUGCCAGCACUUUCAAACACUACAGUUGUAUAAGUGAGUUAAAUUCAAAACUGCAAGACACCUUGGAACAAAUAGAGGAACAAUUGGACGUAGCGCUUUCCAAAAUAUGCAAGAAUUUUGAUAUCAAUCAUUAUACAAAGGUUCAGCAAGCUUACAGGCUGCUUGGAAAAACACAGACAGCAAUGGACCAGUUACAUAUGCACUUCACCCAAGCCAUUCACAACACUGUGUUUCAAGUAGUCCUUGGAUAUGUGGAGCUGUGUGCAGGAAACACAGACACCAAGUUCCAGAAGUUACAGUACAAGGACCUCUGUACACACAUCACAUCAGACAGCUACAUUCCAUGCCUUGCUGAUCUCUGCAAAGCCCUCUGGGAAGUCAUGCUCAGUUACUACCGAACGAUGCAGUGGCAUGAGAACCAUGACCAAGAUGAGGCAGCAGUUGUGUCUUCUGUUUCAGAUGGCAACAAUGUGAUUGGAACUGAAGAGAGCAGUUUUGACCGCAACUAUGUAAAAAAGAAAUUGGAGCAUGGGCUUUCACGAAUAUGGCAGGAUGUUCAACUGAAAGUGAAAACAUAUCUUCUGGGAACAGAUCUGUCUAACUUCAAAUACGAUGACUUCAUAUUUGUACUUGAUGUUAUCAGCAGGCUGAUGCAGGUUGGAGAAGAAUUUUGUGGCAGUAAGUCUGAAGUUUUGCAAGAAUCUAUCAGAAAACAAAGUGUUAACUAUUUCAAAACAUACCACAGAACCCGUCUUGAGGAACUUAGAAUGUUUUUGGAGAAUGAGACCUGGGAACUUUGUCCUGUUAAGUCAAGCUUUAGUAUAUUGCAGCUUCAUGAAUUUAAGUUCAUGGAGCAGUCGCGUUCCCCGUCGGUGUCGCCGAGCAAGCAGCCAGCCUCUGCAGCUUCAUCAACGGUGACGCUGUUCGAGCAGUACUGCGCCGGGGGAAACCCCUUCGAAAUUCAGGCUGACAGCAAGGAUGAUGAGACAGAAGAUGUGUUAGCUUCCAAUGGGUAUGAAUCAGAUGAACAAGAAAAAAGUGCAUAUCAAGAGUAUGACAGUGACAGUGAUGUACCUGAAGAGUUGAAAAGAGAUUAUGUGGAUGAGCAGACAGGAGAUGCCCCAAUAAAAAGUGUUUCUCGAGAAACUCUGAGGAGCAGAAAGAAAUCAGAUUAUAACCUCAAUAAAGUGAAUGCACCUAUUCUAACCAACACUACGCUGAAUGUAAUAAGGCUUGUUGGGAAAUACAUGCAGAUGAUGAAUAUUCUGAAGCCUAUUGCAUUUGAUGUGAUCCACUUCAUGUCCCAGCUCUUUGAUUAUUAUCUGUAUGCAGUCUAUACGUUUUUUGGCCGAAAUGACAUGCCCAUACCAGCUUCCUCACUCUGUGCUUCUAACAGAGAACAGCACAGUGCUAGGCAGUUUGAAUCAACAGGACUGGGCCUCAGCAGCAGCAGAUUACGCACCACACUGAACAGAAUCCAGGAGAGUCUGAUUGAUCUGGAGGUGUCUGCUGAUCCUUCAGGGACUCUCACAGCUGCUGAAGAGAGAAAAGAGAAGGUGCCAAGCCCACAUCUCAGUCAUCUUGUAGUUUUGACAUCUGGCAAUUCGCUGUAUGGCUUGGCAGAGAGAGUGGUGGCCACGGAAUCCUUGGUAUUUCUGGCUGAGCAGUUUGAAUUUCUUCAGCCUCAUCUUGAUGCAGUGAUGCCAGCUGCCAAGAAGCCUUUUCUUCAGCAGUUCUAUUCUCAGACAGUGUCAACUGCCAGUGAACUACGUAAACCAGUUUAUUGGAUUGUUGCUGCUAAAGCCAUUGAUUAUGAACAAAUGCUUCUUCUCAUGGCUAAUGUGAAAUGGGAUGUGAAGGAAAUCAUGUCACAGCACAAUGUAUAUGUAGAUGCUCUUUUAAAGGAAUUUGAAGAAUUUAACAGGAGGUUGAAUGAUGUGUCUAAGAGAGUCCGUAUUCCAUUGCCAGUCUCCAACAUCCUUUGGGAGCACUGCAUACGCUUGGCCAAUAGAACUCUUGUGGAAGGUUAUGCCAAUGUGAAGAAAUGCAGCAAUGAAGGACGUGCCUUGAUGCAACUGGAUUUUCAACAGUUCUUAAUGAAACUAGAAAAGUUAACAGACAUUAGGCCUAUUCCAGAUAAGGAAUUUGUGGAAACCUACAUUAAAGCAUACUACCUGACAGAAAAUGACAUGGAAUCCUGGAUAAAAGAACAUAGGGAAUAUUCCACUAAGCAGCUGACCAAUCUGGUGAAUAUUUGUCUGGGCACCUACAUCAACAAAAAGGCAAGACAGAAGCUGUUAGCUACCAUUGAUGACACAGACAGGCCUAAGAGAUAACUGGAGAAAGCUUCUUUCUUUCUGACAUGUGAAGCAUGCAGACAUUUCUCUCAUGGACUAAUGACAACAUUAGAAAUGUUGUGCAUGACCUUUCCUAGCAACAUUGGAGACACUCUGAAGUGAAAUUGUUCUAAAAUAUGACUUUUCUAAUCUGUAGAAUUAUUUUCUGUCAUUUUCCUUUUUUUUUUUUGGUUACUUGCCCUUAGUGAAGGGCCACUGUGUAUCAUUGAUGAGCUAUAUGUUUUACAAAAGUGUAUACUGUAAGAAAAAUCAAAAUCAGAAACACAAUGGUUUAAUAUAUCAUUGAUGCUCUUUUUAAAUAAAAGGGCUACUUGAAAAUACGAUUUCUUUCCUCCCUGCUUUCAUCUCCAGAAAUUGUGCUGUAUUAUAGUCCAGUGUAAAGUGAAAGGAUAUGUAUAAUAAUUUGAUCUGUGUAUCCUGCAUGUGGAUUAAGAGUGCAGACCAACUAAGUACUCUCAUGUUGGAGCCCAUCAUCUUCAUAUGUAUUUAAAAAUGUCUGUUUAUUUCAGAAUUAAUUUAGUCAUAUCAAAAUGAUUGACUUCAGAUUAAUAGAAGAUAAUAAACAUUGUAUGCUAAUAU